UGUUUCUCCCAUUAUUGGUUCGGCCAGGCCUACAUUAUGGAUCACAAGUGCUCCAUAACGUAGGAAGAUUUAUACUCAAAUAGGCUGAUGCAUUCCGUUUCAACCAUUCGAGUAUGGAAUGAAUGGAAUGUUAGGAUCCCUUUCUGUAAAUACACAGCAUUCGGAUCAAACACAAAGAACAGAUUUAAAUUUAAAAUCGAGAAGAAAGAUUUACAUCAGAGGGCGCUGUACCAUCGAAAAAACGUCAAGUGUUUUCAGUGGCGUCGUGCGCAUGACGAUAGUGGCAAGAUGAUCCACAGUUUGUUCCUCAUCAACAAAUCUGGGGAUAUUUUUAUGGAAAAGCACUGGAAAAGUGUCAUUCAUCGGUCCGUAUGCGAUUAUUUUUUUGAUGCGCAGAGGAAAGCGGCAACUCCUGAUGAUAUCCCACCAGUUAUUGCGACCGCUCAUCACUACUUAAUCAGCAUAUAUCGCAGAAAGAUAUUUUUUGUUGCUGUAACCACGUCUGAAGUGCCUCCAUUAUUCGUUAUAGAAUUUCUGCAUCGCGUUGUGGACACAUUCGAAGAUUAUUUUGGUGACCAGCACACUGAGUUUUUGAUCAAAGAACAUUUUGUUGUUGUUUAUGAACUCUUGGAUGAAAUGUUAGACAAUGGAUUUCCUUUGGCCACCGAAUCAAACAUUCUGAAGGAAUUGAUUAAGCCACCGAAUAUACUUCGAACCAUUGCAAACACAGUCACUGGACGUUCCAACAUAAGCACCACACUUCCAACUGGCCAGUUAUCAAACAUUCCAUGGAGAAGAACCGGUGUGAAAUAUACUAACAAUGAGGCUUACUUUGAUGUCAUUGAAGAAGUUGAUGCCAUAAUAGAUAAAAGUGGAUCCAUAGUAUCAGCAGAAAUUCAAGGUUAUAUCGAUUGCUGUAUUAAAUUAAGUGGUAUGCCUGAUUUGAGUCUUUCCUUUCUUAAUCCUCGUCUAUUCGACGAUGUCAGCUUCCAUCCGUGCGUUCGCUUCCGAAGGUGGGAGUCCGAAAGAAUACUCUCGUUUGUACCUCCUGAUGGGAAUUUUAGACUCAUGUCGUAUCAUGUAGGAUCCAAUAAUAUGGUAGCCAUUCCACUUUACGUAAGACACCACAUUUGUUUUAAAGACGUGGCAGGAGGAAAAUUAGAGAUCAGUGUGGGAGCAAAACAGACGAUGGGAAAAACGGUGGAAAGUGUCGUUUUAGAAAUACCUAUGCCGAAAAGCGUCUUGAAUGUUACGUUAACUCCCACUCAGGGCAAAUACAGUUUUGAUCCUGUCAGCAAAAUCAUGGUGUGGGAAAUUGGAAGGAUUGAAAUGGGAAGAAUGCCUGGCAUCCGAGGCACUAUUAAUUUGCAGAGCGGUCUGACUGCACCAGAAUCCAAUCCUGCCAUAUCGUUGCAGUUUAUGAUCAACCAGUUGGCAGUGUCGGGAUUAAAGGUGAAUCGCCUGGAUAUGUAUGGAGAGAAAUACAAACCGUUCAAGGGAGUCAAGUAUGUCACAAAGGCUGGCCGCUUCCAGGUUCGAACUUGAAACAUCGUUCCAGACCACAAGAGAUUUGUUCGACAUGUCUGUAAAUAACUGCCAUUAUUUGUAUAAAUAUAUCAAUCUAAAUUUAAUACCAAGCAGAGAGGUUUAUUUGAAACUGUAAUGAUGGGGGAAUGUAUUUGUGUAUAGAUGAAGAGAAAGAAGAUUCAUUGGUUGUGUAAACUACGGUAAAAAAAAAAUUAAUUGUAAUAAUAAAAUCAUUGUGAUCAUUGG